AUUCAAUGGCUAUCUCUCGAGCUGUUCCUGCAGCGCGUCUGCGCUAUGGCUAAACCAGGAAGCUCCGUAACGAGAUAUCCAACGUUCGCACCAUGUGCCUGAGGGACUGACGCUGGCGUGCUUUUCCGAGGACACUCGGAAUCCCAUAAGAGUGGGUUUACCCGCUCCAGUAUCGCUGCAGCAUGCGAAAUCUUGUAGAAGACCUUGGAGUGCUUCAAUUGAGCGGUUGCAAAGAUGCUGUCGCGAGGUCUCUCGUUGUAUGCGGCCAUUGGCGCACUGAGCGGGGUUGUGACCGCCCAAUUCCCUCCAACUCCUACCGGCGUGUCCGUGCUUCAGUCGCGCAUUGAAGAAGGUAUCAGUAUAUCCUACAAAGAGAGCGACCUUUGCGAGACAACGGAAGGCGUCCGAAGCUACUCAGGCUACGUCCACCUACCUGCCGGCUCUCUCGAUGAUCUUGGCGUACAAAACCAAACAUACGAGAUCAAUACUUUCUUCUGGUUCUUCGAGUCGAGAAAGGAUCCUGAGAAUGCGCCGCUUUCGAUAUGGAUGAACGGUGGCCCGGGAAGCAGCUCAAUGCUUGGGUUGAUGCGAGAGAAUGGGCCAUGCUACGUGCACUCCGACUCCAACUCCACAUACUUGAGUGAAUGGUCAUGGAACAAUGAGGUUAAUAUGCUCUACCUCGACCAGCCUGUGCAGGUUGGCCUCUCAUACGACACGCUUACCAACGUCACUGUGUCUUCUCUCACUGGUUCGGAAGGCGUCGAAGUGGCAGAAUUCUCCAACGGCGUCCCGGAACAGAACAAUACUUUCUAUGUGGGCACAUACGGGAGCCAGAACCGGAACCUCACCACUCAAGGGACGAUGAAUUCAGCGCGCGCACUCUGGCACUUUGCCCAGGUCUGGUUCCAAGAGUUUCCUGGAUAUAAGCCCAACGACAACCGCAUCUCCAUCGCCACCGAGAGCUACGGGGGGCGCUACGGUCCAGCUUAUACCGCUUUUUUCCAAGAACAAAACGAGAAGAUCUUGAACGGAACGUGGGAUGAGCAAGGCCAGACGCAUAUUCUUCACCUGGACACCUUGUUUAUCAUCAAUGGGUGCAUCGACCGCUAUGUUCAAUGGCCGGCCUAUCCCAUGAUGGCUUACAACAACACGUACGGCAUCAAGGCAUACAACGAGUCGCGCUACGAGGAAGUACUAGACCAUCUCUACGGCGAAGGUGGCUGCCUCACGCAAAUCGAAACGUGUCGGAAUCUGAGCCUUGCCUACGACCCGACAAACCAAGGCUUCAAUGACACCGUCAAUAGUGUGUGUGAGGAGGCGGAAACAUUCUGCACUGAGAAUAUUCGUGACCCAUAUUUUGAUACCGACCUCAACUACUAUGACAUCUCCGCACCUGGAGCAGCAUCGUUCCCGCAUCCAUGGUAUGAGGGAUGGCUAAAUCAGCCACAUGUGCAGCAGGGCCUUGGUGUGCCGCUGAACUGGACGCAAUCGAAUACGGCCGUUGCGCUGGCCUUUAGAGGCAUUGGUGACUAUCCGCGUCCGGGGUGGAAGGAGGAUCUGGCGUACCUGCUCGAAGAAGGCAUUAAAGUCACUCUAGUCUACGGCGACCGAGACUAUGCAUGCAACUGGUACGGCGGCGAACUCCUCUCGCUCGCCAUAAACUACAGCAACACCGAAGAUUUCCACGCCGCCGGCUAUGCCCCCGUCUACGUCAAUGACUCCUACAUCGGCGGCCAAGUGCGCCAGUACGGCAACCUCUCCUUCACCCGCGUCUACGAAGCCGGCCACGAGAUCCCCGCCUAUCAGCCCGAAACCGCUUACAAGAUCUUCAUGCGCGCUCUGUUCAACUUCGACAUCGCAACCGGCAACAUCUCCACGACCGAUUAUCCCGACUACUCGACUGGUGGGCCGAGCGAUGUGUAUGAGAUCAAGAAUGAGGGCGUGAAGAUGAAUGGGAGUCAAUGUUAUGUACUAGAUAAGGAUCAGUGCACGAGCGAGCAGUGGGAGAGCGUGGAGAAUGGGAGUGCUCUUGUCAAGAAUUGGAUUGUGGUUGAUGCGAAUACGAGCUACAUGUUUCCGGAGCUGGCGAAUGGGACGGGCAAUGGGACGAGUCCGUCUGGCACUAGCACAGCGACUCCAACGCCAUCGUCAACGCCUAGUGGUACUGGCGGAGGCCCAGCAGCAUCACAAACCGGUGCAGCCAGCGGGAAACUUCCUGGAGUGAUGCUGGGGCGGAACGUGGGUGCAGCUGGGAGCGCCUUAUUGGCAACACUAUUUGGUGUCUUGGCGGUAAUGCUGUAAUGAGUAACACGAAGUAAUAGGUAGAGAGUAUCAAUAGCGGUCCUAAUUAGAAACAAACAGCGCUAAGUACGCCUCGACGACCAUCGCGUACUGGUAGUUGAG